AUGUCAUCUGAAUACGAGCCACGUUUUACUGAACCGUUAAAAGCUUCUUACGUAAUACGUGAAGGACAGCCAGUAAAACUUUCAUGUCGUUUUGACGCAUCUCCUAACAGUAGUAUUCAAUGGCUUAAAGAUGGAGUCGAAAUUGAAUUCGAAUCACUUGGUAUUUCUCGAGAUUUUAAGGUUAUCAAAGAAGUUGAUUACACAGCUUUAUUAAUUAAAGAAGCAUUUCCAGAAGAUACAGGUUCUUAUAUAGUUGUAAUACGUAAUACAUUAGGAGAAGCACAUUCAUUUACACAAUUAACAGUAGAAGAAUUUUUUUGUCGAACACCGGAAUCAGAAUUGUCUGAUACACCAAUGAAGCCAAUAUUUGUUCAACCACUUCGUGAUACAUCAAUAAACGAAGGGCAACAAUUAAAAUUACAUGCUGCAAUCAAUGCUCAUCCCGAACCCGAAAUUAUUUGGUAUCGUAAUAAUAUUCCAUUAAAGAAUUCACGUGAUCUUACAGUAACAUAUGAUGGACAAUUAUGUACAUUAAUAAAAGAUCGAUGUGAGAAGGAGAAUGAUACAGGAAUAUAUCGAAUAACAGCUGUUAACUCAAUGGGACAAGCUGAAUGUAUUUGUCAAGUUAUUGUACAAUCAAAGGACACACAAGGUUUUAGAGAACAUCUUCAAGCAAAUCGUUCGUUGCCGAUUGCAAAUCAAUCAUUACAAACUAAAACAACAUAUGAAGAAAACAAUCGUCAUUUACAAUCAAAUAUUAUGGAACAAACAAAUGAAACACAAGGAUUUCAUGAACAACUUCAAUCAAAUCGCCCAUUACCUAAUAUAAAUCAAUCAUUACAAGAAGAAAACAAUCGCCAUUUACAAUCAAAUUUUAUGGAACAAUCAAAUGAAACACAAGGAUUUCAUGAACAACGUCAACCAAAUCAAUCAUCACAAAAUAAAAUAACAUAUGAGGAUAACAAUCGUCAUUUACAAUCAAAUUUCAUAGAACAAUCAAAUGAAACACCAGGAUUUCGUGGACAACUUCAGUCAAAUCGUUCAUUAACAAAUGUAAAUCAAUCUUUACAAGAAGAAAACAAUCGUCAUUUACAAUCAAAUUUUAUAGAACAAUCAAACGCAACACAAGGAUUUCACGAACAUCUUCAAGCAAAUCGUUCAUUGCCGAUUGUGAUUCAACCACCACAAACUAGAAUACCACAUGAAGAAAACAAUUAUCAUUUACAAUCAAGUGAUAUACAAGGAUUUCGUGAACACCUUCAAGCAAAUCGUUCGUUACCAAAUGUAAAUCAAUCAUUACUCAACAGAAUAAUACAAGAAGACAACAAUCGUCAUUUACAAUCAAAUAGUAAUGAACAAUCAAAAUCACAAGUUAUAUAUUAUAAAGAUAAUCAAUCAUUAAAUAAUGCAUAUGAACAUCAAAUUCGAACUGAAAGAAUGAACCAUACACUUGAAAUACCAAAAAUAUCAAGAAACAAUGCUAACUUUUAUCAAAGAAAAGCAAGUAGUAGAAGUGGUGAAAGAAAACAUGCAGCGAUACCACAUGUUUUACCUUCAACUACUACUCAUGAACCAAUGAUUGUUACACCAACUGGUUUUCCACCAGAAUUUCUUCAAGUAUUUCAUGAUAAAAAAACUUCAUUAGGUUCAACAAUAAGAUUCGAAGCUCGACUUACUGGUACACCACCUUUAAAUGUUUACUGGUUAUUUCAAGGCAAACCAAUAUCAAAUCUAGGUACUAAUAAACAUUAUCAACAAAAUAACGAUAAUGAUACUUAUAUAUUAACCAUAAAUAAUAUCCGUUAUGAUGAUGUUGGAAAAUAUACAUUAAAUGCUGAAAAUUCUUGGGGAAAAACAACUUGUACUGCUGAACUUUUUGUUGUUCCUACUACUGUAAGAUUUGGUAAGAUAAUAUCAAAUAUUACCUUUAUUGGAACCAAUACACCUUUUAUUCUACCUAAUGCACGCCUAUGCUUAAUUAUCUAG